AUGAAAGGCCGUCCUGUCGACCAGCUCGUGUACGAGUGUAUGUUUCCCAAACCCAAGACUGGCGAUCCGCAACAUUUCCAAGCCUUCUUGCAGCGCAGUCUGGUGCCUGAAGUUCGUCAAGAAACUAUAGGUUUUUAUGGUCACUUAACUUCGCAGGAAGCAAAGUAUCCUGGCUUAGAUUACUCUUACCGGCCGCAUCGCGUUCGACUCUCUCGAUUCCCGUGGCACAGACGACUAUUUCGAGCUUUCGAUAAUUUGAGACUGACGGAAUAUGAAAUUGCUACGUUGACAAAAUGGGAAGGCACAAGAUGGGCAAAGGAGAGAUUUGAGAAAGAGAAGGGAAUUAUUAUUAGGGAUACAACGGGUGAUGGAAUAGAAGAUUGGGUAUCGCCAGAGUUACGACCUACAGUUGUGCGAUUCGCAGUGCCAGCAGUAGAAGAAGAGUUGGAGGAGGAGGAAGAAGAAUUGGAUGAUAAUGACUUGGAAGAUGAUGAUGUAGACAGUGAUAUCGAGAUUACCAGUGUGGGAACUGCAUUGAAUGAGAGACUGAUAGCUGCAGCUGCUGAAAGAGAAGCUGGCAAUAUCACGGCACCAAUGGAUGAAGCUUGGGAACAAUGGAUGAAAGAUGCUUACGAAAAUGAUGGUGUCGGAAUCUCGAAUCCAAAUUUGAACCCAAAUGCCAAUAUCGUGGGUACGAGACCAGCUCCCAAUGGAUCAAGGGUUUAUGUUGCACAUCCAUCAGCUCAGCCUGCGAGUCAUGCAAGCCAUGCGAGAACGACGAAUUUAACCCCCCUUUUCGAUUCAUCCAAUGGUCGACAAAUUCCCUCAAGAUAUAUUGACAUUGGACGUAUUGACUCAUCGAAUAUGUCUUUUUCAAGAAUGCACACUGAAGGAGAUAGUGCAAGGGAAUCUAUCGAACAGACAAUUAUGAGAAGAAGGGAUAUUGAACAAGCAGUCGUGAGAAGAGCCGAUGCUAGUCGAGAACAUCGUUAUCUAUAUGCAACAAGACAUCCGGAUGUUUUGAGAAGUAUUCAUGGAAACCGUUAUGUUCCUGAAUAUGAAGAUUACUCUUCGUAG